AUGUCCACUGGCGGCGAACCUCUCGAUGGGUUUUCAGUGCCAAUGGAAACCGACAACCUGAAUUCUAGUGAUAUCGGUGAACCAACAGAUCAGGACCUCUUAACUGCACCAGAAGUAAUGGUGGACAACAUCUUGGACUUUAAGAUGGAAAAGGGCGAG